CCCAUUCGGUUGGUUCAGUCAGUCCCUUACGAGACGCGCGUUCGGACGGUUGACCUGCGCGUGCCUCCUCGAACGUCACCGUGGCCACAUGGCUUGAGAGCUUUAGUGUAAGAUCGAUCGAUAGAUACGAAACGGUUGCACACGCGUUAUCGGAUUUAUAGGUGGGACAGAUACACAACAAAUUAUUAAAUCGUGAGCAGCUAUCAGCAAUCGAAGUGAAGGAGACAAAAAGUGCGAUAUUUUUUUGGCUGCACUAUUAUUUAACAUGGUGCUAGUUGCGACUGUUCAACUGUAGGCGCUUGCAAACAAUGCGAAACCAUUGAAAUAAUGUGAAGAGCUCUUCGAGUGGAAAGUGUGAUGCACUAGUCGUCGUCGUCGUCGUCGUCGUCGCCAAAACCGAACCGAGUCAAUGUUUGUAUAGUGCUUGGAAGUGAGUAAGUUGCGUCUGCCGAAGCGCACGCCUUUGCCCAGACAGAACUUGCCGCCGAGUCGCGUCGUGGUCGCCUUGGUCGUCGGAAGAACACUGCACCUCACCGGUAGCCUUGAAGCUCGGCUAGGUCCGGCUUGGGAAAUCCGCAUUCGCUCGCUGAGGAGAAGUAAUUGGGGACCGGCAAAAAGCAAAACAAGUUGUCCGAGGCAUUACGGGAGAAGACGAUUACCUGGAUCCUUUCUUGCGGUGCGGGGUGACUUAAUGAUCUGAACAGCUGAUCUGCACGCGACGCAUCUACACGGUGCAUCCGAGACGAACUUUUUUGGAGGCCAUCUACGCGUCUCGCGUUGGUGACCUAGAUUCAGUGCCGAAGCAUAAAGUUCGUUGAGUUUUGGGUGUUUUAGAUCUAGGCCAAAAUGGUUAUUCGGCAGAAUAUUCAGGACAAAUCGUUCAUCGAAAGCAAUGUGGCCCCGAAGAGGUUCUCCCCGUUGACGAGACAGGUCAUCGCUGCAACGGGACCGAUCAUUGCGAGUGCGGCGGCCGGGAUGACCAACGGAUUUUCGGCGAUUUUGCUUCCACAGCUGCAGAGUCCGGAGAGUAGCAUCCAGAUUACGAACGACCAGUCGUCAUGGAUUGCUUCCAUGGCACCGCUUCCCAUGGCAGCCGGGUGCUUGUUGGGUGGAUUCUUGAUGGAGAAAUUCGGACGCAAAGUAACGCAUUUAAUUUUGAGCAUCUCGUUUGCCGUUGGAUUCUGCGUGUUAUCAGUGGCAUUGUCAUAUGAUAUGAUACUAGUGGGGAGAUUUAUUACAGGUUUCAGUUGCGGAUUAGUUGGGCCGCCAGCUUCUGUGUACAUAGCCGAGACCAGCCAUCCGAGAUAUCGCGGAAUAUUGCUGGCGGGUGUCACGUUUGCUGUGUCGUUCGGGAUAUUUCUGUCUCACUUGUUCGGAACACUGUUUCAUUGGAAGAUGGCCGCCUUAUAUUGCUCGUUCUUUAUGGUGGCCAGUUAUGUGUUUGUCGUCUUUUGUCCAGAAAGCCCUUCGUGGUUACUUUCGAAGGGACAAGGUCGCGAAGCAGAAGCGGCCUUCCGAUGGCUUAGAGGACAUGAUGCGGAAGCUUUGAAAGAAUUCGAUGAUAUGGUAGCGAAAUACAGUGGAUCUUGCACUACCGGUAGCUCACAAGACUCUAAGCAAGGUCUAAGAGAAAGUUUGUUAAAACGGGAAUUCAUUUUACCACUGAUCACGUUGUUGGUGUUCUUCUUUACUAUGCAAUUUUCUGGAGUUAACAUCGUUGCUUUCUAUUCCAUUUCCCUCAUGAAGACUACCAUCGGAAGUAACAUCAACGAGUACUUGGCCAUGCUUAUCGUUGAUUUAGUUCGAGUUAUAACGUCGCUAAUAGCGUGUGUCCUGUUGAAGAUGUUUGGACGAAGGCCGUUGGCCAUGCUCAGUGGGACCGGAACGACAAUAAGUCUUAUCGGCCUGUCCAUAUUCCUAUACUUUCAAACUAGUAUACCAGUCUACCAGAAUCUCUCAUGGAUGUCGCUGAUAUUUCUCAUCAGUUACAUAAUAUUCAUCGGUAUCGGCCUUUUCCCUCUGCCAUGGUGCAUGAGCGGAGAAGUAUUCCCCAUUGCAACCAGAGGCAUUGGAACUGGAUUGACGUCCUCGUUCAACUUCGUUUGCUUCUUUGUGGUUAUUAAAACUGGCCCAUCGUUGUUCUCGGCCGUCGGAACCAAUGGGACGUUUAUGGUGUACGGAAUCAUUUCGUUGAUCGGAACGCUGGUGCUGUACAUGAUUCUACCAGAAACAAAGAACCGCACUCUGCAGGAGAUCGAAGAUGCGUUCAAGUCUGGCUGGCGGCCUACGGAGAAAACUGCAAUCGUUCAGAAUCAAAAUAAGGCGUGAGUUGAAUCAAUGCAUUAGUUGGACGAAGAGUGCAAUGAUCCGAAUAGCAGAAAUUAUUAGGUUAGCACCUGUGGAUUUGUAAAAUGUGCUAUGAAGUGCCACAGAGUUUAAUUUUAUGUAUUAAGUUUUGCUGUCAUUGUUAUGUUGAUUGACUGGUACGUUAUUUUAAAUACUAGUAUUAUCUUAGUUUACUUGAAGUUGCUUUUACUAUGUUUAGUUAGCUAUAGUUUCUGUUUGAUAAAACCGAAAAUAGUA